UGUUUGAGAAAAUAAGAAGUAGAAGAAGAAAAAAAGAAAAUCUCUAGAAGAAGAAGAAGGAAAAUUUGCCAAGAAAAAAAAAGGAAAAGUGAAGUGCAAAGGAAAAUAUGUGGAAAUUUCAAAUCAUUUUUUUGUUAAUAAUUUUAAGUUUUCUCAAUUCGAUUGAAUCGAAAAGUGAUGAAGUGAACGAUGAAUUGCCCAAAGAAUCCCAAAAUGUGACGGAUAGUGUCCGCCUGGCAAGGGGUUUGAAAUAUCCGCCCAGAAAUGUCCAUGGUCCUAUUUUCAGCUGGAGGCGAAGACAGCCUAUCCAAAUACGUUCCAGGGCAGAUCAUUUCCCUUUGAGACCCCAACUGAGAAGGGUCCAUAACGGGGUGCUGCCGGCCAAUCAGCAAAGAUUUGGUUUUGAGAAUUUAAAAUCCUCCAAAUAUGUUAAUGGCAAGGGAGCCCUGCCUUUUGGGGCGGGGCUAAAGGGUUCCUCUUCGUUGAAGCAACAAUUGUUGGGAGUGCAUCCGAAUGGUUUACAUGUUCCAGCCUUGUCUCAGCAGUAUGUGCAAAAUUUCAAGGCCUCCCCAGCCUUUAAUGGUCAAGCGGUGGUGAUACAUCCCCCUCCACCGGCAGCUACAGGACCAGGCCAGCCAGGCGGAAAUAAAUUGCAAAAACAGCAGCAGUCAACUCAGCAGCAGCAGCAGAAUUUGGAUAAUUCCUAUCCCAAAUACAUCAAACCCCAACAGCAACAACAAAAACCCCAGCAACCACAACAACAACAACAACUCCAACACCAACAACCAUUAAAAUCCACUUCGCAUGAUCCCGCUAUGCCAUAUCCUGAUUUCAAACAGUAUCCCAUACCCGACCAACAGCAAAUGCAGAAGUACAACGAACAGCAUGACAAAUAUUUGCAACAACAAAAAUAUCUAACACCCAGAGACCCGGUGGCCUACUAUCAGCAGCAGUAUCACCAGCAACAGCCACAACAACAACCACAGCAUUUAUACCAACAACAGCAGCCACAGCAACCUCAGUCUCAGCCUCCAACUUAUUCAGUUCAACAACCUGCCUUUUCGGCCGCACACAACAAACCAGUUCAACUGGCUGCAGGUUUGUCGGCACAACCUUCCAUACCCAUACAUGAGCUAGGAUCCUCCAACACUCAAACAGGCCACUCACCAACAGCUGCCACCAUUUCCGCCACCAACCAACAGCAGCAGCAGCAACCACAGCAACAUUCAACAUCCUAUGGCCAUGGCCAUGCUGGUGGUCCAGUGAAAAUGUAUUCGGUCUAUGAGGAAAACGACAUGACCGAAUUGCACAACAAUGACUAUCAAACGGCCCAGUAUGAGAGCUUGGAAAAGGAGGCCCAGGAGUAUCUGAGAUUCAUGAAUACCAAUGAUUAUUUCUUGCCCAAACGAGAUCCCAACUACAGACAGAUUGAUGAGGAAAACGAUCGGAGGCAACAACAAUACAGCUUACAAAAGCAACAGCAGCAGCAGCAGAGCUACUCCCCAAUAGCUGCCGGAUCCUCGCAGUAUCCCCAACAAACAUAUCACCCCCAACAACAGUAUUCCGCCCCCAAAACGGAGCCAAGCCAACAAAUCUAUUACGGGCAACAUCAUCCAGAUUCCUCAGUGGCUGCCUCCCAUGCAUCCUCUGCCUCCUCCUCAUCAUCCCAGUUCAAGGAACCCAUACAGGUCUCCAAACUUUUCUAUCAAGAUGAGACUCCCUCAAAUGGCGGCGCUGCCGGGGCCUCAACGGUGGUAAGGACCAGCUAUCAAACGGCCUAUAAUGCCAAUCAUUUUGGCAAUGCCGACAAGGGUAUAGGCAAAAAUUCCGCCACCUCCUCCUCGCCCGUGAGUGUCAACAAUGUCUACAGUCAGGUGCGCCAAUCUGCCCCCAUCAGCGGCAACAGCAAUCGCACCCCUGAACCCAUACGUUUUGAAUUUACCGAACGUGAUGCCAUGGUAGGUGGCAUUGCCUAUACCCAUGCUCCUCAGACCCAUUAUAAAUAUAAGGCAGUGGAUACACCAGUAACGCCAAGAAUAUCCGGAGUGGGCAACCCACAAGCAACAACAACAACAGCUUUACCUUCCACAUUAAGAUCUUCGGCGUAUUUGGGCGAAAUUAAACCCAUCGUUGAGGUGGAAGACGAUCCCGAGGAUGAGGAUGAUAUUAUGCAGCAAGCUGGAUCGAACUUAUAUGGACGCCAACCGUUGCCAAACAAAAAUGGCAAUAAAGCCCCGGACACCAAAGGCAACAGCAGCGGCAGUUCCACGACAACGGAAGCUCCACCCAGUGAACAGAAAGACAACGAAGACUAUUGCGAACGGAUUUGUGCCAUUGUCGAAGAUGAGAAUGAAGAAAUUGUCUGCGGCUCCGAUGGCUACAUGUACACCAGUGAGGCCCAAAUGGAAUGCUAUGCCUCGUGUUUGCGAAUUGAUAUUACGAUACAGGGGAAGGGUUCGUGUUCAGCGAGAUAAAUGAAGAUGAGCGCGGCGACGUUUUGUAGAUUUAUUUAUGCAGAUGCCCAACAAAAAAAGAUCAACGCAUCUAUUAAACUCAAAUUAGUGAAUUAAAUAAAUUAAUUUAUUUUAGUUUUUAAUGUUUUAUUUUAGUUUUAGAGAUAAGAUUUUAUAACGAAAAAGAAAUGCAAAAUUUUCGAUUCGAUUAAUUGAUAAAGAAAAAGUAUUUAAGAUUAAAAAUUAAUUUAUUAAAAAAAAAAAUUUCGUAUUCUUUUAUUUUAUAUCAAAUAUUUAUAUUUUUAGAUAAAAUUAUUCUGAAAAGUCCCCGCUUUUAUUAUUAAA